CACCACCAAACAGCCAAACAGCCAACGGCAAGCAAGUUUUGUCCGAAGUGGAUGGACAUACUACUGAACGGAACUUCCAGAGUCCGUUCCUUCCAAUAUAAACGCAUAUAACGCAUAUAUACUAUAGCCCAUUAACAGCUAAUAGGCUCUAUAAUCCAUUAUAGUCGCAUGAAUCACCACUCUUGAACCCAUUUUAUAAUAUAGUUACCCUACAACCAAUCACAGCCCGGAAAAUUAUUCGCUUGCCGUAAUUGGCAGCCGCAUGGUGGUGGGCUACGCUAUUCGCACGUGGGAAGUGGAAGAGUGAUGCCGCUCAUGAUGGACGAUGAUAUGGAGGUCGACAUCGAUGACCUCUUUGGAGAUGGGGCCGGUGGUCUCUUACCACCUUCCCGGCCACCGCCGAAGGAGCUCUUCCAACGGGUCGACGAGCUUCGCGGAAGCGGAUGUUGCCAGAGCAUUGCGUGGUCGCGCUGGGGAUCUAUUGCUUCCAUCACUUCAAACGGGCUGGGCUUAGAAUUCCGUAAUCUGCGGAUUCAUCCCAAAGAUGGCUCGUGGGACUUGAGUGACCCUACCAUUAUCCCUCAGAUCGCCCCAAUCGCUGAUGGCGGCCAGUUGAAGCAUCUAUGUUGGAGUCCCAAUGGAGCUGACUUGGCGGCCAUAGAUUCUGCUGGUCGUAUUGCGAUAUUGAAUCUUGCUCAGUCCUUGAACAAGCCCACGUUCACUCGGAACAGCAACGUAGGUCCUAUUGAGGACCUUCGUGCCGUCGUUGGUGCGUACUGGCUAAAUCUAUCGCCAUCAAAUGUGCGACAACCCGGCAUUCAAAGCGUAGCUGUCAAGACGUCGACAGACUAUAGGUACGAGAUAUCUCAAGCCAUAGCCUUUGGGCCUUGCUUUCCAAACGCCCACAAGUCCGCCCUAAUCACCGUGAGUACAGGUGGCUCUUUGUCGCUCCUGUGGCCUCAAGCGGACGGAAAAUGGCAUGAGUUAUCUUCAGAUAUUGAGAGUAUCUCUUCCUCGGACGACCUCAUCACGCAUGCUUCAAUAUGCGCAGAUAAAAAUAAUACCCUGCUUCUGGCAUUUGCAACAACGGCAAAGAAGCUGAGCAUAGCCAGAAUAGCUAUAAAAUGGGGCAGUCCUACCGCCAACCCUCCCGAUCGGCCUGUCAAUCCAGCUUUGAACACUGUAACGCCAACUAUUAUUAUUCGGCUCUUAUCUGACACCAACUGGAUGGACGGAAGUGCUACCGAUGCCUCGGAUCCAUUCCAUCUUUCUCCAUCUAUGGCGGCUUUGUCCCAUUUGUCUAUUUUAUCGCCAUCCCCUGAUGGACCUGGUGGCCGCCCCACAUCACCAACAGUUAUUACCAUCAGAUCUCAUUUACCAAACUCGAUGUCUCAAUAUAAUCAAGAUACCCACAGCCUCAUAAACAGAUGGGAGCUAUCCGAGGCUUCUCCAAGCGUUCAUCCCGCCUUUGAACAGCUAAGUGCACGUCGGAAUAGUGUUGGAUCAAAGCCAGGGCCUUCGCCAAGCCUAAAGAAGCAAGAAGGGUUCACAUCCAAUAAGGUAGUGAUCUGGAUUGAAGCAAUUUACUUUGAACGAAUCAUUUGCUUUGGUUACAGCGACGGGUCGGUUGAAUAUCGUGACCGAACAUCUUUGGCAGAACUGUUUACACUGGGAGGGUUGGACAAGUUUUCUCAUAUUUCGCAAAUAGGAUUUACCUAUAAUGGAUAUGAACCCAGUUUGGUUGGAGCACUGUCUCCCACUCAUCUGUCGGUGGUCCAGAAAGGCUGUGAUGGAAAGAUUAAAUGGAAUCCGCUGGUUUACAACAUGGGUGAAAUUGGCACUUCCCUUGAAGAUACACAAUAUGCAGCAGUCAUCGCAGGGUUCAGUAUGGCUUGCUCGACAGCGAUAAUGAACUCUAGCAACCAUGAUGAUCUGAUGGCGGCAGCUAGCAAAUUCAAGCAUUUGUCAUCCUUUGCAUUCGACUUGGUUUCAGAGGUUUCCAAAACCCUCAAAUUUAACGUCGACUACUCUGAAGAAUCACACCAUGAUUCGCUGAUUCGAAACCCCUCCAUCCAGAUUUCUCUCAGUAUACAGAAUGCUCUAGGAUACAACGGCGAUGCUCACAAGCGGACAUUUGAGUCGAAGAUUGCUUGGAUUAGCCUUCAACUCCGAAAUUGUGUGGUUCUGAUUACAAUGGCUAUGAAUAUAAGAGUACCUAUCCCCGAUCAACAGAAGAAGGUAUUGGGGCUAGAGGAUUCCGAGGUCAUACGUCUACUCGCGGGCUCAGUACGGUGGUGCCUAGACCUCAUGUCCUGGCUUAUAGACUGCCUUCUGCACCCCGAGGACCCAGAGGUCUUCGAGUCAGUAACCAAGGGCGAAGACGGGUCAAUACCACUUCUCAGUGCCCAUCUACUCGCAACUAACAACAUCGCCUUACACGUCCUCCUCUCAUCAGCAACUAGAGGGUUCCUCACAGGAAUCUGCCGCCGGCUCGCCCACCUGGAUUAUACCGCACGCAAAGCCAUGUCAGCAGCGCAGAGCGUCUCCGCUCCUCCCGGCCAGUCCGCGCCGCUAAUCUCCAACUCCCUCCGCUCCUCAUAUACCGCCAUCGCGACACUAACCGCCUCAUCAAUCGUGCCAAUCAGCCGCUUCGAAGCCUUCGUCGCCCGCAUCGCCGAUGUCGUCAAGGAAGCCUACACCGCGGCGAAAUUCCCGUCCCAGCAGCAGGCACAGGGCGCCCCGGGUGACUCCAAGAGAAACAACGUCGAGCAAGGGAUACUAUUUGGGGCGCCGCUGCCAGAGGUUAUGGCUCCGGCUAUAUCUCGCAUUUUCAGUGAGGAGCUCCCGAAGUUGCGGGCGGAGAUUGAUCCUUCGAGGUUGUUCUUUCAUGACUUUGGUAUCUUGGGAUUGCCGGAGUCGAAUGCAUCUGCGGGCAAAGGGGCUGCGGAGGGUAGUGCGACGACGAGUAGCGCACAGUACAGGGUAAACCACACGAUAGACAUCUUCUCUCGCGUGCCGAUACAGCUGGGGAUGGAACCAGAGGAGGCUCAGGGAAUAGAUGCAAGGGGAUCUCGCCCGGGGAGGCGGUGGAGGAGAUGCGUAAGGUGUGCAGCGGCUAUGGAGGAUAUCCACAGCCUGACGCCGCCGGUGCAGUUCCUGAUCAUGCAGCAGAGACGUUGUUACUGUGGCGGGAACUGGGAUAUCCUCGCGGGGGCGAGGGUGGUUGCCUGAUUGUUGGAUGUUAGUAUAACAAGGAGUGUGACCGACUAUGGAGAGGGGGGUUUUGGAUAGUGCGUUGCGUUACCAGCUUCGACCGAGGUGAUUUACAGCGUUUUUGGGAAGAGGAGAUAGCAAUACAUAC